AUGCCGUUCCUCCCGAUGGGUGCGCCGCACGACAUCCUCGCUCAUAUCGAGCCCGGUCAAUGGGGAGCAUGGGCGGACGGGGCGCCUAUGGGCUCUGCUCCUCACUUACGCCAAUCUUGUGUCGUCAACAAGGACUUCCUGUACGAGGGUAUACAGUACAGAAAGGGCUUGCGAGGCUUCUUUGUCGAGGAGCAGACGGCGGAGAACGGUACGACGAUGGUCAAGAUCUCUAUUGAGGGUGUCACUGUCAAUGGAUAUCGAGAUAUUGAAGGAAAGUGGGUGCCCAAGGCCAAUGUCGACGUGAGAUCUCAACGCAAUGCAGAUGGUCACGAGGGGAAGGCGAACAAGGAUAACGGUACCAACAAGGCCAAGGCCUAG